AUGCUUAUCAAAAUUACUGGCCAUCCCAAGUCAACUUGUACCCAACGCGUUAUCGCUAUUCUUAACGAAUUAGGCCUCGAGUUUGAAAUCGAGCAACCAGAAUGGGCGACUCAAAAGUCUCCUGAAUAUCUUAGAGAUAAACAUCCUUUUGGAAAAAUUCCUGUACUCCACGAAGAUGGGUAUCAAAUCUUUGAAUCACGAGCAAUCGUACGGUACCUAGCGGCCAAACACAAACCAUCCCUGGUCCCAGCAGACCUACAAAAACUCGGCGUCCUCGAACAAUUCCUCUCAAUCGAAUACUCGUAUUUCGACCCCCCGUUCUCUGCUUGGGUGUUCGAAAAAAUAAUCAAACCAAUAUUCGGUCAUGGUCAAACAGACCCUGUAAAACUAGAAGAACUCACGAAAAAGGUUGACAGCGUAUUAGACGUCUAUGAGAAAUUGUUGGUCGGCAAAGAUUAUUUGACUGGUGAAUACUCAAUCGCGGAUAUUGCGCAUUUACCAUGCUUAAGUUAUGUUAUUAAUAAUGGAUAUGAUUUGGGCGAUAGGCCGAAUGUUAAACGUUGGUGGACAAAUAUUAGUGAGAAACCUGCUUGGAAGAAAUCAAUUGCCAGUGUUCAAAAAUAA